AUGGCGUCGAGCUCGGAGGACAGUGCAGACGAGGAGCAUCCAGAUCGAGGGCUUGACGAGGCUGCUGAGGCCGCGGUCCUGGGAGACUGGAACGGCAGGGUCGACUUGGCAAAGCUAGGUGGAACAACCUUCAAGUGUGGGCGCACCGUUACGGGUGCAUAUGACGGCUUGGACUCCAGGCGAGUCUACUCGCCCAUGCGGGCUCCAGUAAACGUGCUUGAAUUUCUUGUUUUGUGUCUGGACCGAGACAGCUUCGAGUUUCUGCUCCCUGGCGUCGAAGGGGGCGCUAGUGUAGCCAUGUCGUCAUUCUCGGAGUCUGAACCCGUCUUUGCUGCGCGCUGCUUGAAGGUCGGCUUGGCUGAAGCCGAUAUCACAAAGCUCAAGGCGCAGGGGAUCACGACCCUCGCCAAAGUGGCCUUCUGCUGCUCAUAUACCCCAGGUUCGGGGGAUGACGCCGAACUCAUCCGUGCCUUGAAGGACGCUCUUGCGGUCGAGCCCGACCUUGGGCAGAAGUCCGCAUUCAGACGACUUUAUCACGAGGCAUUCUCGGUCACGACGGCCGAGAUGAAGGCUCUUGUCGAGCAGACUGAUGAGACCGCGCCACGGCGCCUUAGCGUGCCCGAAAGGGCAGAGCGACACGCAUUGUUUGGGAAGUGA